CCAUGUCGGCGGCGGCGCUGGAGCGGCCGCAGCUGGUGGCGCACGCGCAGCAGGCGCUCAGCUACACGGCCUUCGAGUGCAAGUGGGUGCCGCGCAGCGCGCGCCUGCUCUGCCUGGGCAGCGCCCCGCGCGGCUGCGGCCUCCUGCAGCUCUACGAGCUGCGCGGCGGCCGCCUGGCGCUGCUGCGCGAGAUCGAAAAGGCCAAAGCCCUGAAAUGCGCAACGUUCGGGGCCUCGUCGCUGCAGCAGAGGUACCUGGCCACGGGCGAUUUUGGAGGAAACCUCAGCAUCUGGAAUUUAGAAGCUCCUGAAAUACCUGUGUAUUCUGUGAAAGCUCAUAAGGAAAUCGUGAACAGCAUAGAUGGUGUAGGCGGCUUAGGGAUCGGCGAAGGUGCGCCGGAAAUCGUGACCGGCAGCCGAGAUGGAACGGUGAAGGUGUGGGACCCCCGGCAGAAGGAUUCGCCCGUUGCCAACAUGGAGCCCGUCGAGGGCGAGAGCAAGAGAGACUGCUGGACGGUGGCGUUCGGAAAUGCCUACAAUCAAGAGGAACGUGUUGUGUGUGCUGGAUACGACAACGGGGACAUUAAAUUGUUUGACUUAAAAACCAUGUCGCUACGCUGGGAGACUAAUAUUAAGAAUGGGGUGUGUAGCUUGGAGUUUGACAGGAAAGACAUAAAUAUGAACAAGCUGGUGGCCACGUCACUUGAGGGAAAAUUUCACGUUUUCGAUAUGAGAACUCAGCAUCCGACCAAAGGUUUUGCUUGUGUUUCAGAAAAGGCUCACAAAUCUACUGUGUGGCAGGUUCGGCACCUCCCGCAGAACAGAGAUAUAUUUGUGACAAGUGGAGGAGCGGGGAGCCUUCAUCUCUGGAAAUACGAAUACCCUGCUCAGCGCUCAAAGAAGGAUUCGGAAGGAGCUGACAUGGGGGUGGCAGGUUCCGUCAGCCUCUUGCAGAAUGUGACYCUGUCGACACAGCCCAUUUCCAGCCUAGACUGGAGCCCCGACAAAAAGGGACUGUGUGUGUGUACCGCGUUCGACCAGACCCUGAGGGUGCUCAUAGUGACCAAACUAAACAAGGUCUGACAGGAGAGCCGGGAUUGGCAAUGAGAAAGCAGUAUGAUUUCCAAUCCGUAAGUAUGGGUGGAAUUUGUAAUCUGUAAGUAUGGGUGGAGGAAACCUCCUGUUUCCAGUUAAAUUCCUUAUUAAAACUGGAUUAAAGGAAUAGAGGCCRGAUCUUUCUAUCGAAAGUUCAGAAUAUGCCCUUGGAGUUGUUUGAUUGUGCUGCAAUGACUUGAGCAAGUGGCCUAGGCACAAAAGUUUUACCUUCUUGAAAUGUGAAUUUGCAUUAAAAAGUGCCUUUGUUUUAGCACAACCUUCAAGUUCAAAAAUUGUUAUAAAUUGUUGGCAGUUUAACCACGGUGGAAUAUACAUUCUCCUUUAGGUGAGUCAAACCUUAAACGGUUUGACUACUUUCUACAUAGUAUUUGUCCAUAUGCAUUUAGGCUGUGGAAACUACUGUAUGAUUCUACAUAGAAAUUCCUUAUCUGAKUAUAUUAGAAUGUUUGUUAAAGUGACUUAGAUUCUUUAAUACACUAUAGAAGCUGUAAUGAAUACUGAAAUAGUSAGGUCUGAUGAAAUAAGCUUUUCUUGAAGAUGGUGUUGAAAUUAAACUAUYAAGCAUAAUGCACUGUUUUAUUGUUUUAGUUUGGUUUUGUAACAAAACGUUUUGUAUAUCUGUUUGUAACUUGGU